AUGAAGUUCCUCCAGACCGUGACAGCUUUCCUGCUGCCACUCACAGCUUUGGCAGCAAAGAAGAGCUCUACCGACAAGUUCAGCGACUACCGAUCGCAACAGCUGUCGGCCGCUGCUCCCCUCAAGCUCGACGACAACGAAUACUCCAAAUUGACCUCGUCUCCGCGCGACUACUCGGUUGCCGUCCUCUUGACUGCCCUCGAGGCCAGGUUCGGAUGUGCCAUCUGCCACGAGUUCCAGCCCGAAUGGGACCUCUUGGGCAAGACUUGGGCCAAGGGCGACAAGAAGAAGGAGUCCAGACUCGUCAUGGGAACCCUCGACUUUGUCAAUGGCCAGAGAACUUUCCACCCCUGCGCUUCGACUUUACCACUGGUGNUCAUCGCUGCCGAGCCCGUCCACGCCUGGCUCGCUCGCCAUGUCGCAGGUCCUACUCCUCCCAUCGUCCGUCCCGUCAACUACGUCAAGAUCAUCACCACCACCGUGGCCGUCCUCGGAACCAUUACCGCUUUCACCGUCGCUGCUCCCUACGUCCUCCCCAUCCUCCAGAGCCGCAACCUCUGGGCCGCCAUCAGCUUGAUCCUCGUCCUCCUCUUCACAAGCGGCCACAUGUUCAACCACAUCCGCAAAGUCCCCUACGUCGCUGGCGAUGGCAAGGGCGGUAUCUCCUACUUUGCCGGUGGCUUCCAGAAUCAAUUCGACGCUAUCCUUGCUUUCGCAACCAUCUCCCUGGCUCUCAAGGUUCCCCGUAUGACGGACNCCCGUGUUCAGGGUAUUGCUACACUUGCUUGGGGUCUCGUCAUGCUCGCCAUGUACAGCUACCUGCUCAGCACUUUCCGCAUCAAGAACGGCGGCUACCCCUUCUGGCUGCCUCCCUUCUAG